AUGAUGCUACACACUACUAUCCUCAGCCGCGCCCUUGCGGAACGAUGCCAAUGCAUUCUAACUCAAACCCGGACGAAGAAGUACCUACCAUUCUACGCCAGCAGCCGUAAGAACCAGGCAAAGAAGGGGAAGAAGCCAAAGCAGGAGCAGCUGAACGACAGCUUUGCUACCAGCUCAGACGUCGAACACGCUAAGAACGACCUAGUAAGCCGAUUGGCCACCCCAGACGAAGCGUUGGAUGUAUUACGAAGUUUGAGGUGCGCGGCAGUCAAUACGGACGUUUCCGCGGAGCAGUAUCGUUUCCGCCUAUGGACAAGGGUUGAUGUGAAGAGGACGGCGUUGCGUGGCAUGGCAGUGCUUCCACACCCAGUGGGACCCAAACCGCGCGUGGUGGCGAUAUGUGAAGAGGAAGAGGCAGCGUUGGCGCUCGAGUGUGGAGCGGCGUAUGCCGGACUCGAUUCCAUACUGGAGCGCAUAGCUGGCGGCUGGACCAAUUUCGACACAUGCGUGACAACGACUGUCCAUAUGCCCAAGCUUGUCAAGGUUGCGAGGAUAUUAGGACCAAAGAAGCUUAUGCCCAAUAUGAAAGAGGGCACGCUUUGCAGCAACCUGCUGGAAGCCGUGCGUCGGCUUAGCAGCUCCAAUGCCCUCCAGUUCAGGGCCACACCCAUCGACGACGCCGAAUUCGACACGAUACAGGCGAUGGUGUCGCCGCAGAAGAGACUGGAUUUCGAGGUUGAUAACGUCGCUGCUCUAGAGGUGCCCAUUGCUCAGGGUGGUGCUACGCCGCAGAUCGUCGUAGACAACGCGAAGCAUUUCAUUAUCGAAGUCAUGAAGCAGCGGCCGCCAGCAACUGCGAAGACUAGCACGAGCGAGUUUCAGUGGCCGCCUGUUCGCAAAACCAUGAACAGUAUCCUAGAAGAUGCAUUUUCUACCUUCGGAGCGACACACAGGGCUGACAAUCAGUUCAUUGUCGGCGGGGCAUUUGGGCUGGCCCGCCAGGGUCAGAGCAUGUCAACGCCCAUAAUCUUCGACACAGGGCUAAUAGUGUAG